UCUCUCUCUGGCUGGCAGAUCCGAUCCGAUCCAGGUUCUCCGGUUCUUCCCGCUGGUCUUGGAGUCGCCAUCCAGAGGAGAGCCUUUCCUUGGGCCCCGGGGCUGCGUUGGAAACCCUCCACGUCGAGCAUCCCGGCUCUUCCGGCCCUGCAGAGGUAGAGAAAUUCCCAGGAAAGGCAGAAGAGACGGCUCUACCCAAUACUCCAGCUGUCCUGGGGCAGCUCUCCUGACAGCUUUAUUCCCAUCAGCCUGGAUUGGUGACUGUGACUCGUAGGAAGUUAUACUUCCAGGUUUCCUGGAAUGGGCAAUCUCCUGAAGGUCCUAACCAGGGAAAUUGAAAACUACCCACACUUUUUCCUGGAUUUUGAAAAUGCUCAGCCCACGGAGGGCGAGAGGGAAAUCUGGAACCAGGUCAGCGCCGUCCUCCAGGAUUCCGAGAGCAUCCUCGCAGACCUGCAGGCGUACAAAGGCGCCGGCCAGGAGAUCCGUGAUGCAAUCCAAAAUCCCAACGACAUCCAGCUCCAAGAAAAGGCUUGGAAUGCAGUGUGUCCUCUUGUGGUCCGGCUGAAGAGGUUCUACGAAUUUUCUAUCCGCCUCGAGAAGGCUCUGCAGAAUCUCCUGGAGUGCCUGACGUGCCCGCCCUACACACCCACCCAGCACCUGGAGCGGGAGCAGGCUCUGGCCAAGGAGUUCGCCGAGAUCCUCCACUUCACCCUGCGCUUCGACGAGCUGAAGAUGAGGAACCCGGCCAUCCAGAAUGACUUCAGCUACUACAGACGCACCAUCAGCCGCAACCGGAUCAACAACAUGCACCUAGACAUUGAAAAUGAAGUCAACAACGAGAUGGCCAACCGAAUGUCCCUGUUCUAUGCAGAGGCCACCCCGAUGCUGAAGACCCUCAGCAACGCCACCACGUACUUUGUCUCCGAGAACAAAACCCUGCCCAUCGAGAACACGACGGACUGCCUCAGCACCAUGAUAAGCGUGUGUAAAGUCAUGCUGGAGACCCCGGAGUAUCGGAGUCGAUUCACGAGUGAAGAGACUCUCCUGUUCUGUAUGCGAGUGAUGGUUGGCGUCAUCAUUCUCUAUGACCACGUGCACCCCGUGGGGGCUUUCUGCAAGACGUCCAAGAUUGACAUGAAAGGCUGCAUCAAGGUGCUGAAGGAGCAGCCCCCCGACAGCGUGGAAGGCCUCCUAAACGCCCUCAGGUUCACCACCAAGCACCUGAACGACGAGUCCACCUCCAAACAGAUCCGAGCCAUGCUGCAGUAGAGGCCGCCCGGCGCCCCCCGAGAUGUACAUGUUUACAUAUUUAAUACAGAUUCAUGUUCACAC